CAUAAAGCCAAGCGCAUGUCUAAUUGGCCAGAACCAACACGAGGAUGGGGCACCGCCUUCUUGCAAGGCGUAAAUGGCACUUGGAAGUUUGAUCUGUGCGACGCUUGUGAACGUGACGCUCUUAAAAGACGUAUUCCCCUCAGCAGAGGCAUGUUGUGCGUGUGGCUCCGGCUGAAGAAACUAUUGUUACUCCAGUCUUCGUUCUUGACCAGUGAUACAGUCCGCCUAUAAGUACCAACAUACGAUGUGAAAGCUCAAUCAUGGUGCAGAAAUGGGAUGAUUCAAAACCUGGUUUCCCAGGGAACGACAAUAUCUACGGCAUUGGUAUAUUACCCAGCGGCAUCGCACACAUGCCAGAAAUACAUUGGACUGCUCACUUGGACUAUCUUUUCUUCGAGCGCAGUGCUAACGCGCAGUCAGGUAUCCGAGUUGGCUACUAUACUCAGGCCAUUUCAAUCUGGGUCGCCAACUUCUAUGCACGUCAUGAAGCACCUUAUUUGCACACCUUGACAAUAGUGUUCCUUGUUGCCUUGUUCGUAGGCCUCUGUCAGCUGUGCAGAACGCCGUCGCAGACGCACGCCGUGGAGCCUUUCAUGCUCACUACCAUUGCGUAUCAUACCUUUUUUCUCGGUCUGUGGGACAGAGAACCCCCAUAUUUACUGCGUUGGGAAGUUGAGUUCCGGAAACGGAUCUCUGUCUUGGUCAUCUGGCUAGCUUUCAAUGGCUUUGAUACAUGGUACUGGUGGUUCGGAGUAUGGAAGAUGAAGCCCUCAAAUGGCCCGUGGGGUACCGUCAUCUUCUUUCCUUACGUAGGAAAUACUCCCUUGUUCGGUCCGGAUCAGUGGAUCAGCAUCGCAGCCAAAAUACUAAAUGCUCUGUCCAUUACGAUUUUGUCCUGUGCUCUGGCACGCCUUUGUUUCAGCACGUUACAACAGCGGAGUCUGGACAUGUUCAUUACUGCUGAAAGACUUAGAUCGCUUGCAUCACAGUGGCUGCAAUCGUUGGCCAGAUUGAGUGCAGACAAGACACUUGAGAAAACCGAAGAAGACAACACAGCCGCCAAAGAGUGUAGAGUCAUAAUAUCUGCGGAGUCAGAUAGUAUAUCAUAUCCUGGAUCCAUAAAGGACGCCUCCCAGAAAGCAGAGCCCUCGCCGGUCUCCCAGCACGACCCCGAAAAUCCACCACCUUAUCGAAAGCUAACGCGGACAGGAACGGGCCUGUUAACGCGCCGUCUAUGGCGUACUAUGUCUGGCAAAGAUUUUGAGGACCCGUCCGUACCGCCACCAGAAUACAUGCUGUACGAGCCUCGCUUCGAAGAUAUCAAUGUCGCCUACGAUCUGCUUAAGGCAACGACCACCUGCCCCAAACCAAAACCGCGGGUCUGGGGCUACUACGUCUUGCGUACCUGGUUAUUCGGUCCAAUCUGGAUCUUCAAGCUCUGCCAAUACCUCGUUACGCAGACCACACAUCCAUUCAACCCAAGAAAGCUCCUUGCAAUCACAACACACUCCGCGAAUCUUCAAUUCGCGUGCUCGAUGUCAUAUCCAACAAUCAUGAGGCUGGCUGUGCGUGAUCCAUGCCUCGCAAACGUGAGUAGCAAAGACCUUUUGCUUGCCUCACGCAUCAUCCUGUCAACAGAGAAGGUCGUGCAUCCCUCACGCGCAUGGUGGCUGGCAAUGGGCUACACGAUGUUAAGCGUUUGCAGCGUCCUUAUCAUCGGAACAGAACUUACCAUCCAGUGGAAUAGGAUCACGGGCGUGCAGGAUCUGACGUCAGUGGGGCAACUGAUCCCGUUCACACUAGGCGUAGGCUCGCUUCUCAAGAUCCUGUGGUCCGCUAUGAUGGAAAGGGAGGAAGCACAGGAGUUUUGCUACUUUGGGCAUUGUGCCAAAGAAGCAAAAGGGCAACACUGGAAGGAAGCAGGUGAGAUGUUCUUGAAGUGCAGGGAGGAACUGGAGAAGGCGAGGGUAUCAGAAGCAAUGCAGGAACGCAAGUCUGCCGAGGAAAAUUGCUAACAAUGUUGCGGAAAGCUCGUCCUUGACAUCCCCUUUUACUUCUAUGGAAGGACCGAAUUGCUGUGAAUAUUAAAAAGACGAGUAGAAUCAUGGAGACGAAACGUAGCGUAGAAUAG